CGAGUCCCCACUUGGUAUGUUUCGCAAGGGUGGAUAAGGUAGUAACUUAAUUAGCAAAAUUGGCAGCACCACCCAAGAAAUAGGCUGACACCAAGCGAACUUCCCCUCUCUCUCUCUCCCCUCUGGCCAUGGAUGCCUCAAAGAUGCUUCUACUAUCACCAGCAUCCACCUCCCUACUUUCACUAAAACGCAAUCGUUUCAUCGUCACAUAUAAAAGGCCAAGAUUGCAGACUCCGCUCAAAGUGCUAGGCAUGGCAGAGGAGACCAGUGAAAGCGGCAAUGGAGUUAUAGAGAAAGCAGCAGUAGGCAGUGGCCUGGUUGCCAACCCAGUGAUUGCCUGGUCCCUUUACACGCUCAAGACGACGGGGUGUGGUCUGCCCCCGGGUCCAGGCGGCUCUAUAGGUGCACUGGAAGGUGUGAGCUACCUAACAGUCGUGGGGAUCGUGGGUUGGUCUCUGUUCACGAAAGCCAAAACUGGCUCUGGUCUGCCUAAUGGGCCUUUUGGGUUGUUGGGUGCUGUCGAAGGUUUAUCAUUCCUGUCUUUGCUCGCCAUUCUGAUCGUUUUCGGGUUGCAAUUCUUUCAGAACGGUUCCAUUCCCGGACCUCUCCCGAGUGACCAGUGCUUCGGCUAAGGAGAUAAUGUGGUAUGAGCCACUACCGCUCUAUCUUGUGCUUGUGGCCAUGGAUUUUGCUCCAAGCUGCAACUAUUCUAGUUUUUGUUUUUCACAUGGUUGAUUAGACUCUGGUGCCUAAGGAUUGCAAAGAAGUUAUGUAAUGGGAUUUUUUUUUCUUUCUUUUUUCCA